AUGUCCGGCAUCCCUCCCAUCGUGGACACCGUCAACGUCACAGAUCCUCCCGUUCCCCACGCCCACUCUCCCUCAGAGUCCAUCGACGACAAGACAGACCUCUCUGGCUCCGAGAAGGAUGGCGUUGAUCCCCUCAACCGUACUUAUAACCAGUCGGUAGACUCGGUCGAACUCAAGUUCUAUGAGCCCCCAGACACGUACGAAUCCAAGCACCGAUGGGAUCCUCGCGCUCAGUGGACGAUAGAAGAGCAGGAGAAGCUCAGGCGGAGACUAGACAUCCGGGUGGCCGCGUUCGCCUGUCUCUGUUUCGCUGCCCUUCAGCUCGACCGAGGAAACAUCUCCAACGCCCUCUCGGACGGCAUGCUCACCGACCUCAACAUGACCACUGGUGAUUACAACACCGGCAUGACCAUUUUCUACUGUUGCUUCCUCUUUGCCGAACUUCCUUCCCAAAUGAUCUCCAAGAAGCUGGGAAGUGAUAUCUGGAUUCCUAUUCAGAUGAUGACUUGGUCCGCCGUCGCCAUCGCUCAAAUGGGUCUGCACGGCAAACAAUCCUUCUACGCUACCCGUGCUCUUCUCGGUCUUCUCGAAGGGGGGUUUAUCGCCGACACAGUCCUCUUCCUUUCCUACUGGUACACCGCCGCCGAACUCACCAUCCGUCUCUCCUGGUUCUGGGUCUCCUACACCGUCAUCACCAUCAUCGGCGCUUUCCUCGCUGCCGGCUUGCUCGAGAUGCGUGGUAUCCACGGUCUUGCCGGGUGGAGAUGGCUUUUCAUGAUCGAAGGUGCUUUGACGUUUUUGGUGGGAUUCUGGGCGUUCUGGUAUCUGCCGGCGAGCCCGACGCAGACGAAGAAGUGGUGGAGGCCCAAGGGCUGGUUCACUGAGAGAGAGGAGAUCAUCAUCGUCAACAAGGUGCUCCGAGACGACCCUACCAAGUCGGAUAUGCACAACCGAGAAGGUUUGUCCCUCAAGCAGCUUUGGUUCUCGCUGUCCGACUAUGAUAUGUGGCCUAUCUACCUUAUUGGUAUCACCGCGUUCAUCAUCCCUUCCACUGUCCAAGCAUACUUUACCCUCACCUUGAAAUCUCUCAAAUUCACAACCUUCCAAACCAACAUGCUCAUCAUCCCCUCCAACGUCCUCUUCAUCAUAUUCAACCUCGCCCUCGCCUUCACCUCCAAAAAGCUCAAAGAACGUCUCUUGACUUCGUCCAUCCAGCCCAUCUGGCACUUGGUCUUGCUUAUCGCGCUGGUGACCUUGUCGGAUGAUGCGAGUCGAUGGGUCAAGUGGGCGAUUUUGACGUUGUUCAUGGGGUACCCGUAUUGUCAUCCCAUUAUGGUUUCGAUGAACAGUAUGAACGCUGGCUCAGUCCGUACCCGAACCGUCUCCUCCUCCCUAUACAACAUGUUCGUCCAGGCCGCCUCCCUCAUCGCCUCCAACAUCUACCAGCCCUCCGACUCCCCAUACUACCAUAACGGCAACAAGAUCCUCAUCGGUCUGUCUGUCGCGUCGAUAGCACUGUUCGUAUUUGCGAAGCUGUGGUAUGUGUGGAGAAAUAAGCAGAGGAGCAAGGUUUGGGAUACGUGGACGGUGGCGGAGAAAGCAGAGUACUUGGCGACGACUACUGAUAAGGGGAAUAAGAGGUUGGACUUUAGGUUCCAGCAUUAA